CAAAAUAGGAGAGUGCAGCUGGUGCUGGGAGGGGAAGAUUGCUCCAAGGCUCUUUAAACUCUGUAAGCUGCAGAAGUGUCUGAAGUGCCAUCCAAGAUCUGGUGAUGGAAAAGACUGUGGUACUCAUCACCGGCUGCUCUUCAGGGAUCGGCCUGGGGUUAGCCGUGCGCUUGGCCUCCGACAGCUCCCAGAGGUUUAAAGUCUUUGCUACCAUGCGUGACCUGGCCAAAAAGGAGCGGCUGCUGGAGUGCGUGCGGGGUUGCCACAGGGAUACCCUGGAGAUCCUGCAGCUGGAUGUCACCAACCCGGCCUCAUUGGCCUCAGCUAUUCAGCGGGUGCCAGAGCAGCGUGUGGAUGUGCUGGUGUGCAAUGCAGGAGUGGGGCUGAUGGGUCCCUUGGAGACCUGCUCCCAAGAAGCCAUAAAAGCCGUUUUUGACGUGAAUCUGUUUGGGACCAUCAACACCAUCCAGGCUUUCCUGCCUGGCAUGAAGUGCCGCAAGGCUGGCAAGAUCAUCAUCACUAGCAGUGUGGGGGCUCUGCAAGGGGUGCCGUUCAAUGCCGUGUACUGCGCCAGCAAGUUUGCUGUGGAAGGUCUGUGCGAGAGCCUGGCUAUUGUCCUGCAGGAGUUCAACAUCCACAUCACUCUGAUCGAGUGUGGCCCUGUCAACACGAGCUUCCUGUCCAACAUGCAGAGUAUGGACCCUGAGGGCCAUGAGCUGCAAGGCCUGGACCCCAAAACGUAUGCCCUGUACCGCCAGUACUCCCAGCACUGCCAGAGCCUCUUCCAGGACGCUGCUCAGGACACCGACGAGGUCCUGCAGGUGUUCCUGGAUGCCAUCUGCACCCCCAACCCACCCCUGCGCUGCUUCACCACCCAGUUCUUCAUGCCACUCACCAGGCUCAAGCUCUUGAGCCCCGAUGGCUCUGAGUACGUCCAAGCCAUGCACAAGUUCGUGUUCUCCACCAGUGAGCCCCAGGGGGACCAGGCCUAAGGGGGAAGCAGCAUGGACACCUUGGGCAAAUGAUCCUGGCUCAACAUGGUGCCCUUCUCCUUUGGAUGCCCCCAUUGCUCUGGUUUUGUACCAGGGGCUCUGCUCCCCCCUGGAGGUAGAAUGGCUUAAAUAAA